GGCCCGGGCCCCGCCGCUAUGGCCGCGGCUUCGGCGGAGCUGGAGCUGCAGCUGUUCCGCCGCCGCUGGCGGGAGGAGCUGGCGGGGGGCGCGAAGCGGCGGCGGCGGGAGGAGAAGGAGGAGGAGGCUGAGGGGCCGCGGAGCCGCCUCAGCGCGGAAUCCGGCGAGCCGGCCUACCUGGCGCUGGCCCGCGGCCUGCUGGACGCUGGGAGCCCGGCCCGCCGCGGCCCUUCGCCCGCCCGGGGGCCCGCGGGGCACGGGGACGGCGAUGGGGACGGAGGCGGCGAUGGGGACGAUCUGCUGGGGCAGCUGAUCCGGGACCUGAAUGAAAUAAAUGAAGUUCCUUUCUUUGAUAUCCAGCUGCCUUAUGAACUGGCACUGAAGAUAUUUCAGUACCUGAGCAAGACUGAAUUGGGAAGGUGUGCUCAGGUCAGCAGGACAUGGAAGGUGCUUGCAGAAGAUGAGGUGCUGUGGUACCGGCUGUGCCAACAGGAAGGAUAUCUACUGGAUACCAGCAUCUCAGCUCACUCCUGCUGGAAGCUGGCCCUCAAGGACUGCCGUGCCAGGGAGCACACUUUGAAAACCAACUGGAAGAACCGCAUCGGCGCCGUGAGCCAGCUGCGGUACGAGCUGGGCAAGGUCCUCUGUGACGUGCAUUCCUGUGAUGGAGUUGUUAUUGCUGGAUACACAUCAGGAGAAGUGAGGCUGUGGGACACUCGCACCUGGGACUACACAGCCCCCAUCCUGGAACCAGUGCAUGGUCCUGGUGAUGCUGGACCUCAGCCACAUGUCUCCUUUGUGAGGAUAAACAGCUCUCUGGCUGUAGCAGCUUAUGAGGAUGGAUCCAUCAGUGUGUGGAGCCUGAUGUUUGGGAGGGAGCCAAUCCAUCAUUACCAGCACAACCAGAGGAUCCAGGCCUUGGCUCUUGCUUCCGAGGGCGCAACGGUAGCAACGGCGUCUGGCUUCGAGGUCAAGGUGGAAAGCCCUGAUGACAGAGGAUUCUGGCAAACUACAGGAACAUUUGAAAUCCAGAAAUUGGUCAACUUCCUUAAUCUGGUUCCAGAUGUUAUGGGGAGCCCAGUGACAGUAGCAGCUGCAGAAGACAUCGUCUAUCUCCUGAAAGCAGAAGAUCCUGGCAAAGUCCUCCAUUCUGUCUAUGGUCAGCCUGUCACAUGUCUUGAUGUGUCUGCUCACGAAGCAGCCUUUGGGGUCAAAACCUUUGGCUGGUUAUUGAAUGAGCCCAACCAGAUUCUUCUUUACAACCUGGAAACAAGUCAAUGUCUGAAGAAGAUGGGCAAUUCCAUAGGUGACUUUACGUGUGUCAACCUCCAGAACAGCCCUCCAAACAUGCUUGUGGCAGGCAAUAAAGACAGAAGGGUCCGAGUGUUCGAUCUCCACCAGAGAGAAUCCUUGUGCUCCCUCUAUGCCCACCAGUUAGGAGUGUCUGCAGUCCAGAUGGAUGACUGGAAGAUUGUCAGUGGAGGAGAAGAGGGCUUGGUCUGUGUGUGGGACCAACGGAUGGGCACCAAACUCUGGGAGAUGCACGCCAGACAUCCCGUCCGUCACCUGUGGUUUAAUUCUCACAGUCUUAUCACUGCAAACGUCCCUGAUGAGAAGAGUCCCCGAGGUGCCACCAUCAUGGACGAUGACCUCGCCCUGCACCGCAAGUAUCGAGGAGUCAUUUACGCCUACGAGUUCUCGGUGGAGCAGCUGCCCCUCCAGAGCGUCCUCCCCAUUUGCCGCUCCUCCUACGACCAAGUGACUGGUUACAACUACAACAUUGGCCUUGCAGUUCCCUAUGACAACAUCUAGGUAACUCACUGUACUUGGCUUCUGUGCUCCAGCCCACUGCCAAGGACAUGGGCAAAGGCAAAGAGGAGAUCCAGGUGGGACAAGCACCAAAAAGAUGGUGUUGGCUGCAGGGACAUCGUGUGGGUCGAGCCUUUUUCCAAAUCUUGGGGAGAUGAAGCAGAACAGAGUGUGGCUGCCCUUGAGCACGUCACUCCUGUGUGUUGCUGCACAGAUGUUCACAGGCCCACUGUGGUGGAACAGGGGGCCUGGGAAGUGAAGGGGAACUUUAGUGUAAACAAAAAUGUUCCUUCCUGCUGCCUGUGGGAAAACCUCUGCUGAUCCCAUCUUGGCAGAGGAGACGAUCAGGGUGUGAGAGCCCUGAGUGGGAAACUGCUCAAGUGGUGGGAGGCUGAGAGCACAUUGAGGAGUUUGGGCCUGUCCUGAGAGGGGGGAAUAAAACCAGCAACAAACCACCAAGGACUUGGAAGAAGCAUCUUGCUGAACCACACAUUUGCAAUGGCUUUCCUUGUAAUGAGCUGCUGGUUCUUCUUUUAUUUGGGGUGCAUUGGGACCUGUCUAGAAACAGGACCAUGCAUCAAAGGUUCUGGUGGUUGGGAGAGGGGAGUAUGAUGGAGAGAGGGAGGGGAAGGUUGGCUUUGGCCAGGCUGAAGGCUUGGGAACCCAUCAGGCCACACGCAUCAAAAUGAUUGUAAAAUAAAUUAUUUUUGUAAUUCUCUUAAAUUCUGGAUUAAAUGUUUUCUGAUUGUA